AGAUAUUCCUAAGAUCUAAGAUUUCGACAUCUGCGGUUACUUGGAUUGACCGUGAGUGCUGCAGGUUAGCAAAAUACUGAACUGGAACAUACAAAUAAUAGAGUCCUAGUCGUUCGUGUCUCCGCACGUGCAGCUGUCACAACAUAGACACGAUGCCUAGAGAUGUAUAUAAGUCGAGAUCGCCGACGGAACAUCAAAUCCCAUCGAAAUGCAGGCAAUCCAAUUUCUUUCUCUCGUCUCAUUGGCGACCAUCGUCGGUAGCUCAGCCGUCGCUUUGGAGGCACGAAGCGCCUACGCUGGCUCGGAAGCGUCGGACUCUUCGCCCGAAAAUGGCGGAUACGAGGGUUACACCCCGCACGAGGGAAAGAGCGGCAACUCCAACAAAGGUCACAAGAACACCGGCUCCACUUUCUGCGAAAUUCAAACGACCAAGGAAUCGACGCUGAACCAAGCCGACCUCGGAGUGAAAGCGAUUUUCGACGCGAUAAGACAGGUGAUGAAAUCUUCCGGCGGAAAUCGCGACAAAUCGGUCUCAUUGGAAGAAUUGAGAAACCGGGCGUACAACGCAUUCCACAAUACGAUCGUCUGGACCAUCCAAGUGGCCGCCAAAAUUAGGUCGGAAAAAUCAUCCCAAUCUCAGGCCAACAUCGACGCAGGGCUGGAACAUCUGAACGAAUUUCUGGACUCCAUAUUCGGCACAAUUAAACUUUCGACCAGUAAAAACAAACGCAACUUGCCGGACGAGAUUCAGCGACGCGAAGACGAAGCGACGAACUCUGCGGUUGGUGUGGUUUUGGAGACGUACGUCGUCAUAUCACGAGCCGCGAGGGGUGACCCUCAUCUCCAGAGUUCGGUGGACAAAUACUCCAACAAGUCAACGAAAUACGUCGCACGGUUCGUUUCAUUCAUCUUGCUAGGAAUCAGAAAGCUCUCCAGCAGCGUAAACCCCGACGUUCAAUACAAGGAUUGCGACAGCUGUUCGACCACUACGAUCGACGACGCUCAGAUUCAGGCAACAAAUGCUAUGAGAAUUCAGCUCAACGCAAAAUACUGCGCUUUGAGUGCUAUUUGCCAGAGACGUUGCAGCGAUGGCAGCGGAAACGAUCCUCAACAGUGCACCGCUAGUAGAUCAUACUAUGGUCUCUAGAGAGAGCGUCACCGAUAUGAUUCUCCAUAUUCACUGCGCACCUCAGAAGAACCUCCUUUGAAUUUGAAAUAUCGAAUUUCGCGCACGAAACUCAAGUAUGCAAGAUUCCUACCGACAUGUUUAUGCUUACCAAUAUAAACAGAAAUUCUCAAUAGAGUUUUAUUCGACAUGCUCACGUAUUAUCAGCUAAGUAAACCGUAUAUGUGCUAUUUAAAUUGUUUUCUAUGUGGAAUCAA